AACCAGUGAAAAAGGUUCCGCCCCUGUAACUGGAUUCUCUCUCAAACUUCAGCAGAGUUUUACACUUUCAGUUCACACUGCAGAUUUGAGCUUUCUCAGCAGGCUCCUCUCCGCCAUGGCGCUUAUUUCGGUCUUCACUCCGGUGUUCGUGGCUGUUCUGUGCGUGGUUAUCGUUUUCUUCUUCAGGAACUACCGGAGAGCGGAGUCUUCCUCUCAGCUGAAGCCCUCCACAGCGGCAGGAGAGUCCAGCAGCAGGCCGUGGGUGGACGAGGACCUGCAGGACGACACUGAAAUCAGCACUAAAGACAGCGAGGACAAUGAUUGGGUGGUUGCAGGGACGGAGGAUCUGCCCCAUGUUCCAUACACUCCUCCUCGUUACUCUGAGGAGGAGACGCUGGAGCGCUCACAGCAGUUCUACAAGCUGCUCAACCAGAGACGCUCUGUCCGCUUCAUCAGCCCAGAACCCGUCCCACGAGAGGUCAUCGAGAACGUCAUCCUUGCAGCAGGAACAGCGCCGAGCGGAGCUCACACUGAGCCGUGGACGUUCGUGGUGGUGGCCGAUGCAGAGACCAAACACAAGAUCAGAGAGAUCGUGGAGCAGGAGGAAGAGGUCAACUACAAACAGAGGAUGGGGGACAAAUGGGUCCAUGACCUGCGCAGACUCCGGACCAACUGGGUGAAGGAGUAUCUGGACACAGCGCCAUAUCUCAUCCUCAUCUUUAAGCAGACGUAUGGAAUUCUGCCAAACGGAAAGAAAAAGACUCACUACUAUAACGAGAUUAGUGUGUCCAUCUCAUGUGGGCUCCUACUGGCAGCUCUGCAGAAUGUUGGGCUGGUUACCGUGACAUCCACGCCUCUAAACUGCGGCCCACAGCUCAGGGUCCUCCUCCGUCGGCCAGUCAAUGAGAAGCUGCUCAUGCUGCUUCCUGUAGGAUACCCAGCCCCGGACGCCACAGUGCCUGACCUAACACGCAAGGACCUCAGUGACAUCAUGGUGUUUGUGUGAUGUCAUGAAGUUACUAACACUUAUGAGCAUUAAUGAGGAUGACCUUACAACAUCCUUGCAUGUCAUUCAGUUGCAUAAUGUGUUAUUGCAAAACACAAUGUACUGAGUCAUUUUGGCUUUUCUGUUAAUCAGAAUAAUUUAACACAAUUUCCCUAAACAUAAUCAAUCAGACAAGAAGUACACACUAUUUAAAAGAAGGUAGACACAUUCUGACACGAGCAUUCAAUCAUGCAGCUUGUAUAAUCUCCUUAGAAAAGCAUUAUCAGUAGAAUGGGACGCUCUGAAACAGCCACACGUGAGCCUAUAGUCACCAUGCCCAAUGCCAAGCAUCAGCUAGAAUGGUAUAAAGCCCCCCUGCAUUGGAAUGGUAUUCUUUGGCGUGAUGGAGCAUCAUUGAAAACCUUUGCGAUGAGCUGGAGUGGAGUUGGUGAUCCAGAACUGAUCAUCCAACAUCAGUACCUGACCUCACUAAUGCUCUUGUGGCUGAAUGCAAUCAAAUACUCACAGCAAUGUUCCAACAUUUAAUGUAAAGCUCUCUCAGAAGAAGCCAGCACACCAUGUGAUCAGACGUGGAAUAAAAAGAUUUUCCUGCACUUAU